AUGCGGUAUCCUCGGGCCGCCGAGGCUUCGGACCUGCAGUGUACAAAUAGGAGUGCUGUCAGAGACUCUUUCAUUUCCAUUUCAGAACUGCUGAUUUGGUUUGGUCGAGUAUCAACUCUGGUCUUCUCAACCACUAAGAUAUUUCCAGGAUUGCCUACUACACAGGAUUUUGGUGUUAUUCGGUGGUCCUCUGCAUUCAGUAAGUCCUGUGGUGGGUCUGUGAUGCGAGGCUGCGAGGCAGCAAGUUGUCUUUCUGUCCUUGGUGCGGACAGACACAGGGAGGGACUGACAUGCAUUUCCAUGGCAACCAGUGGCUGUAGCCCUUUCCCCAUGUGCUGGGACAGAGAAUAUGACAGACACCUAGCAGCGGCAGUGUCAGCGGGGAAAACCAUGGCGACAGCCUACCUGGAACCCAACCUGAACAAUGCCUUCCUAGAUGGUGCCAAAUCACGACUAAGCGCGGGGGGAUCGGACCGAACCAUGGCUGGCUCCGUGGACAGAGUUUUGAAAGUCUUCCAUCACUUUGAGAUUAACACUGACCACAGCUUCUGGUCCUCCAACAUCAGAUAUGGAGAUGCGACUGAUGUCAGGGGCAUCAUUCAGAAGAUUCUGGACAUCCACAAAGUGCGCUGGACUUUAUGUUUCGGCCUUCGUCUCAGUAACAGCCAAUCCAGAGACCAGGUGCACUGGCUCCACCCAGAUAUGGGCGUGUCCCACAUCCGAGAGAAAUAUGAACAAGCUCGACCAAACGAGGAGUGGAGGUAUGAGCUAAGGAUCCGGUAUCUACCAAAGGGCUUUGUGCAGCAGUUUACAGAGGACAAACCAACACUCAAUUACUUCUACCAGCAGGUGAGGAACGACUACAUGACACAGAUUGGAGAUCAGGUUGAACAAGACAUAGCUCUCAAGUUGGGCUGUCUAGAAAUCAGGCGAUUCUUUAAAGAGAUGAGAGGGAACGCUCUGGACAAGAAAUCCAACUAUGAACUACUAGAGAAAGAUGUUGGCCUGAGGCGUUUUUUCCCAAAAGAACUGUUGGACUCAGUUAAGGCAAAAACUCUGCGGAAGCUGAUUCAGCAGACCUUCAAACAGGUAGCCAAUCUUGACGACGAGCAGUGCAUCCUGAAGUUCCUGGAGAGUCUUGCGCCAAUCCAUCGCUAUGACAAGGAGUUCUUCAAAUGUGCGCUCGGGUCCAGCUGGGUGAUCCAGGUGGAGUUAGCCAUCGGCCCAGAAGAAGGCAUCAGCUACCUCACUGAUAAGGGCUCUACGCCCACACAUUUGGCAAACUUUAACCAAGUCCAGUCCAUCCAGUACUCAGCUAUGGAGGAGAAAGACAGGAAAGGCAUGCUACAGCUGAAUGUAGCCGGAGCUGCUGAGCCUCUUACGGUUACGACGGCAUCACUCACCAUGGCGGAAAACUUGGCUGACUUGAUCGACGGUUACUGUCGACUGGUCUCCAUGGAAACCCACUCUUUCAUCAUGAGAGUUCAGAAAGAGGGAGAGAGAGCUCUGCCUUCCAUCCCAAAGCUUUCUAACAAUGAGAAAAAGUUAGAAGCAGUUAGGAGUGGAGUACGAGCCAUCUCUGUCUCUGAGACAGAUGACUAUGCGGAGAUAGUUGAUGAAGAGGAUACGUACACCAUGCCCUCAACCCGGGACUAUGAGAUCCAGAGGGACAGGAUAGAGUUAGGGCGCUGCAUUGGAGAGGGUCAGUUUGGGGACGUUCACCAAGGAGUCUACAACUGUCCAGACAAACCAUCUCUGCCUGUGGCCAUUAAGACCUGUAAGAACUGUACCUCUGACAGCGUGAGAGAAAAGUUCCUCCAAGAAGCACUAACAAUGCGUCAGUUCGACCACCCUCAUAUUGUUAAGCUGAUAGGAGUGAUCACAGAAAACCCAGUGUGGAUCAUCAUGGAGCUGUGCACUCUUGGAGAGUUGCGGUCUUUUCUUCAGGUCAGGAAGGACAUUGCAGCACGCAAUGUGUUGGUCUCCUCUGUUGACUGUGUGAUGCUUGGAGACUUCGGUCUCUCCCGAUACAUGGAGGAUAGCUCUUACUACAAAGCUUCUAAAGGUAAACUCCCUAUUAAGUGGAUGGCACCUGAAUCGAUAAACUUCAGGAGAUUCACUUCAGCGAGCGAUGUGUGGAUGUUUGGUGUGUGUAUGUGGGAGAUCUUGAUGUAUGGCAUCAAGCCCUUCCAGGGCGUGAAGAACAAUGACGUGAUUGGCCGGAUAGAGAAUGGCGAACGACUUGCCAUGCCCCCCCAGUGUCCGCCCACCCUCUACAGCUUGAUGACCAAAUGUUGGUCGUACGACCCGAGCAAGAGACCCAGAUUCACUGAACUCAAAACACAACUCAGCACCAUACUGGAAGAAGAGAAGCUUCAACAGGAAGAGAGACUUCGAAUGGAGAUGAGGAGGCAGGUCACUGUCUCCUGGGACUCUGGGGGUUCUGAUGAAGCUCCGCCUAAACCAAGCAGACCAGGUUACCCCAGUCCCCGCUCCAGUGAAGGCUUCUUCACCAGCCCCCAGCACAACCACUUCCCGCCAACAGCUCACGGGGGUGUUGGAGGCAGCUACCCGGCCUCGGAUACAUGGAAUCAGCACAGACCCGAACACACUGCACUGUGGAGCCCAAAUGUAGAGGAAAGUGGAUGUGUGGGUCAGGUUCUGAUGGAGGAAAGGCUGAUGAUGCAGCAGCAGCAGAUGGAGGACGACCAGCGAUGGCUGGAGCAGGAGGAGAGCCUCAUGAAGGCCGAGCCCAGAAACAGCAGAGGCAGCAUCGACAGAGAGGACGGCAUUCUGCAGCCACCGAAGCCGCCUCGUCCUGGAGCUCCUGGUCACCUCGGUAACCUGGCCAGUCUCUGCCCUGUGGACAGCUACAACGAGGGGGUCAAGUUGCAGCCUCAAGAGAUCAGCCCGCCACCCACCGCCAACCUGGAUCGCUCCAACGACAAAGUGUAUGAGAACGUGACGGGACUGGUGAAAGCCGUGAUCGAGAUGUCCAAUAGGAUUCAGCCUGCUGCCCCCGACGAGUACGUCCCCAUGGUCAAGGAGGUGGGUCUGGCUCUGAGGACGCUCCUGGCAACAGUGGAUGAGACGAUUCCCGUGCUGCCAGCCAGCACACACCGAGAGAUUGAGAUGGCUCAGAAGCUGCUGAAUUCCGAUCUGGCAGAACUAAUAGCAAAGAUGAAACUGGCCCAACAGUACGUCAUGACGAGUUUACAAAAGGACUACAAGAAACAGAUGCUAAUGGCAGCUCACGCCCUGGCAGUGGAUGCCAAGAACCUGCUGGACGUCAUCGACCAAUCACGACUCAAGAUGAUCAACCAGCCUCACCCACAUUAGUCCCCGAUCCAAUGGAACUGCCACAGGUUUCUUGUCAUGAAACAUAAGAGGAUCGUCGGGGGAGAUGGAUGGAUUUGAGUCUGGACAUUAUGUUUGAUAUCUUCUCGGGAUAGAUGAAAACACGGAGCGUACGUAUGGACGUCGGACCCCCCUGACGGUAACAAUCAGCCCCUCUUCUCCUACCUGAAUGACUCAGUGCUUCCUCCCUCUGGUCAAUAUUGUACUUUCCACUAAAGAUUUAUUAUUGGCUCAUGUAUCCGGAGGAACACUGUUCAUGGUCAUCUUCUUAUUUUUUGAAAAUCAUUAUGCAUUUUUAAAUCUGAGGAAAGCCGAGCGAUAAAAGGAUUCAGAGCCUGACUUGAAGGACGGGACCCAUGAAUAAAACUCCAAAUGCAGGAACUGGAACUAAGCUGGAGGAGGAUAAUGAAGAUGAUUUCACAGCGUUGUUGUUUAAAACAUGUUUUUGUAUCUUUAUUAUAAUGUUUUCUGCCUCCACCCUUGCAGCAUGUCGGUCUUCCUCUUGAACUUUGAAUGAGCAACACUCAUUGAAAAUAUGCUCCCAAAUGUCAUAAUCACAUCUCAUUUUCCCCCUCUUUAGAAAUCUUUAUCUCAGGUGGCAUAACAUUUUAAAGAACAAAACCUUCUUUUUUAAUGGAGAAAAAUAUUUAAAAAAAUGCUGCAAGCCACUUUUUAGGUUAACCUGCAUAGUAAAUGUACAAAGAAGCUCUAUUUUUAACACGAUUUUGAGGCAUCGCAUUGCUAUUGAGCAGUGGAGAAAGAUGGAUGAGACACGGAGGGCUUUUUUUAAGUUCCACUGAGGAUGCCGAUUAUUGUACACAAUAGCUCUUCCUUUGCCAGAUAAACUGCAUGUAACUACAGAGAAACUUUUCAUUCCAAAUGUACCGAUAUUGUUCAAGUUUUCUCUACAAAAAAAACACAAUGUUGAUAUUGCCGUUUAUAGAAGCUGUAGAUAUUGACCCAUCGAUGUGGACUUUUGUGUCAGGCUGUAUCCUGUCCGAUUUCUGACAGUCACACAUACAGUCAACUUGCCAUAAAAACACUCAAACCAUUUUUUCAAAUUACUUUUACAGGCUGGUUGGUGGUUGUAAAAAGACACGUGUCUUGAUUAAGUGGAUUAUUUAAUAAUGAUUAUCCAAUUAUGUCCUAUUGUCCCCCCCUUACCUUUAUGCCGCUCUUCACUGGAGUUAUUUAUAUUUUUGCUGCUUGUUUUCCACUUUUCUGGCACCUUGCAUCUCUCCCUCUGUCAUCCAUGCUUGCCUUUAUCUCCGUCUUCCUCUCCUGCCUCGCUGGUUUCUCGUGCUGCUCCCCCCCCCCUCUGGUGAGCAGUAUUCUCAGGAAGGAGACACAUGUACAGUUGCUAAACCAAGCAAAUAAAACACUGUUAUUAAUGAAAACCA